GCUCUACGAACGAGCGCUCUGGUGCAAUAUUGCAACUAGUUUCUGCAGGAAAUCGAUCAGUUUGUGCAACAUUUAGUGUGAUACUUUGCUAAUUGGAAAGUUUUUCGAUCGAAGCCGAGCUGUGAAGGACGAAAAAUGCACGGUAAAUGCGGUUCAACGACGGUCGGUUAACCCACACGACAGGACUGGUUGGUUGGUGCUGGCCCACAAGAGAAAGAAAACCCCAUUAGCCGCAGGUGGAGUUGAUUUGUGUCCUGCCUAGAGAGUCACCAUGAGAAUAAUCUACUGGACUGGUAUCGUCGGAACUGUGAUCGUUGCCGUGUCCCUGUAUUGGCCACCGUUUUUCUACAUUUUUCUAUUUGUGCUUUACUCGCUGAUACUGAUUGCCUUGGCCAUUUUCGGCACUAUCUACGUGCACUACAAGCUAACCAAUAAGGAAACGAGCCACCGUGCCCGCGAACUACCAUCGGACGUCCUGUACAAUGCUACGAAAUCGCAACUAUUUGAUUCCCCGUCACCACCGAGAUCCUCGGCCAGUUUGCCGAUCGUUUUUGGGCGGACGGUCGAUGGUUUGCUGCAGCAAAUCAUCGGCAACGCUAUGCGUGACGUCGUGAGUCCUGCCCUGGCGGAAAUCGUAGCCAAUCCUCGACGGAUUGUCGACCUACUGCGGGAAGAUGUUUGGCUCGGUAUCGAGAAACUACACGAACGAGCUUCGCGCAUUGACGCCCCGAAGAUGAUAGCCGUCGAUUUUGUUAUUAAAACUACGAUCCAUUUGGAGAAAAUCCGUAUUGCACAAUCGCGUGCUGCUGAGCUUGGGACGGAACCGGUAUUUGCGACGUCGUCCUAUCUGACCUCCACGGAAAAAGAGUUGGACUUCCUGAAGAAGAUCUGUGAGAUUAUGAUAAUAUUUCUGCUUCCACGAGGUUAUUCGUUGUCGCCCAUCAAAGACCUACUUUCGGAGGUGAUCUCCUACAGGGUGCUUUAUCCGAUAAUCAAACUAGUUACCUCACCGGACUUCAUCAACCAGCAAAUAGUGGAAUGUAUCGAAACCAAACUGGUAGCGGUGGCUAUCAAUAAACGGAGCUAUGAAUAUGCAGCGAAUUUUGAGGACUUUUUAAAGAUUAUUAACGCCAGUAGCACGACCGAGGAACUGCACUCGAUUAGGGGUAGCAUCGUUAGUGACAUUAUGCAAGCGACUACGAUGCAGAAUUUGCAACGAACCAGAGGAUUUGAUAAUGACCUUUUCGUCGGGAAACCUAGUGGAAGCGGAAACAGCGGGGGAGACUCGGACAGUGGCCCUAGCCGGGCGGAAAUCACUGCUUCGCUGAAGUUGAAAAAAUACAUUCAACAGCUGUCGUUCGCAAAAAAUCAAUGCGAGAAAUGUUUAUCGAAACUUGGCUGGAACGGAAACGUCAGCAACGAUGUCGAUCUUUCGAUUUUGGACAUCCUAUCAACCGUGGCAGGCAGACGACAUUUCACAAUCUUCCUGGAACCGUUGAAAGCAUCGUCGUUGGUAGGGUUUUACACCACCGUGGAAGAGCUGAAGCAUGCGACUAAAAGCUCCUGGCAUCAGCUGGGAGCGGAGAUAUUCUACACCUACAUUCGCUGUCCAAACUCGGAGAUUCCGGUGGAUAAAGCUACCAGAAAGAAGAUGGAGUCCUUUCUUGUCGGUGACAGUGGACCGGAAAUUUUCUACGAAGUACAGCGCGAAUGUUUGAUCACCAUGGAGGACAAAUAUUACCAUCCCUUUCUGUUGAGCGAAGAAUAUGCUAAGUUAAAAAGCUCCCUAACUCAAGAGGACAUCAAAGAAAUCACGCUCAAUACGUAUCUCUCGACAAGUACCGAGAGUCAGGACGAAACGGCUUCCAAUGCGUCUUCUGCCAGUGGCGACGUAGAUCCCGUCAUUCUAGACCUAAGCAACCAUUCGACGUAUGCUCGGAAUAAGCUGGACCAAUUGGAUGAAAAAUUGGUGAACAAAAACCAAGCGCUGGAGGCACUAAAACAGUCUUUAAAACCGGACUCGAAGCUGCUAGCCAUCCUGGAAAAGGAAAUUGAUUGGUUGAAGGGAGAAAAGCGUCAACUCGAAUCACAUCUGCUGCGAACCGAAGUCUGGGGCGAAUAUCUGGGAAAAUGGCGUGCCAUCGUGGAAAGUGUAGAUUUUUCCGACGACAAAGAACCCCAGCCUCACUUUAUGAUAGUCGUUCAGGUGGAUGAAGUGAACGACUGCGGCAAGGAGGACGUUGCAACGGCGAUGGAUGCUGCCGAUAGUAUAUCCACCGGCUGGGUCGUCGUUCGCUCGUUAGCCCAGUUUCAUGAUCUGCACCGAAAGCUACGUCCAAUGUGCGUCGAUCUGAAAACGAUCGAUUUACCGUCGAACAAUGCUUUCAAAUUGUUCUUGCUGAAAAACGACAAAUCGCUCCUGGAAAAGGCAAAGCAGCAGAUACAGAAGUAUCUGAAUUUCAUCCUUGAAGAUGAUCAUCUCAAUCAAAGCGAAGCUUUGUACGAAUUUCUGAGUCCCAGUUCGGAACGGCUGAAACAAAGCACUCUACCGUCACCUUCCAAAAAGCAGUCCAAAUUUUCGCUGGUCACACUUUUUAAAACUAACAGCGAAAAAAUGGACCAAUUCUGGGGUUCGCAUUUCAAGUUCAAUACGGCAGACUUUCCCGACGACGACCAGGUCUCAAUGUACCUGGAGGGCUCCUCGGCGGAAAGCGGGUCUUCCAAAGCCCAAACGGACACGGACGCGAAAGAUUCCAUUGCCGAACCGCUGUACGCGCUGCUCGGCGAAAUCUUCGACAUGGGCGGUGUCUUCAAGUGGUUGAGACGCAGUCUCAUUUCCUUCGUGCAGAUCACCUACGGGCAAACUAUCAACCGACAAAUUCGGGAAUCCAUCAACUAUCUGUUCGAGGAAACGAUGCUGCACACGUACGCCUCCACAGUGCUGAAGGCACUGUGGCCCGGCGGUGUUCUCACGGUGCGAAACAUCGAUCGCACCGACGAUCAGGCGGAAAUGACCAUGAACGCAGCUAAAUCGCUGCUGCUGGACAACAUUCCCGACUUGCUGUGCAACAUAAUUGGUGCACAGAACGCUCGCGCUGGCAUUAUGAAACUGUUUGAUAACGCGCAGAAUCCCGUCUAUAAUAAACAACUUUUCUACGAUCUGUUGGAAAUCCUGAUGCUGGAGCUGUUUCCGGAAAUCCGUCAGCUGAAGGUCCCACCGAGUGUUGCAGCCGUUGCCGUCGUGGGAGGUUCGACGUCUUCUGCCGCUUCAACGCCGACGCAUGCGGGUCAUGCUGGCAGCGUGAUCAUCGGGGGAUCGUCGGCUCAUGCGACACCAACCCGGAUCAUCUCACGCAUCACGAUUACGAUGGAUAAAUCCGGGGGAGAACCACGGGAAGGCGGAUCGUCAUCGAUUCCGUCCACCAGCUCGUCAUCGUCUGCGGCAGCUGGUCCGGCGCCUGGGUGUGGUUCCAGCAGUGGCAGUGCUUUAACGACGAAUCCACUGACGCUGAAUGUCACCACCACGACUGGUGGCAACUUCUCCGUUAUCGUUGACAGUGAAAAUUCCGUGGAAAACCUGAAAAAAAUUAUAUCGAAAAAGCUGAAAGUUUCCAAGGACCGUAUCUGCUUGCUGCACCGGGAGAGAGAACUCAACGAUGGAACUCUGCGUGAAAAUGGACUUAUGGACGGCUCCAAGCUGAUAUUGACACCAAACGUUGAAACGGGACUGUUGGCACAACGAGCCGAAAACACUGUCAUGCAAGCGCUGGAAUCGCUGAACGACAAUCAGGUGAAUGAUUUUCUGAGCGGAAAAUCUCCACUGAACCUAAGCGUUCGCCUGGGGGAUCACAUGAUGUUGAUUCAGCUACAGUUGAGCACCCUGAAUCCGGCCUCCCAAAACGGAAGCCGAUCGAAAGCUCACAAAUCCCGCGCAGCCAUUUCGGCUACCGGUUCGACCGGAGGAACGCAUGCAGCCAGUGCGUCGAGCUCCUCCAGCUUGAUACCAUCCUCGCCAUCCCGCAGCCAUACCACCAGCAGAACUGCGAUUCCGAUUGGCUUUCGCAAAUUAAUGACAGCAUCGGACGGUGUCCCGACGGCUGCCCAUCCCAUCAUGGAGCACGUGAAUGAGGGUCAAACCUUAACAAAGCAGGAAAUUGAUAGUAUCCAUAACAUAGUCAAAAAUCUUACUGAAAGUAAUAGUUCGUCGGUUGUUGCUGUGACGCCUGCUGCGCAGGAUGAGAUGGAGACGGAUUCACCUGUGAAGUCAUCCACAUCGGAAUCGCCUAUUAAAUCACUGUCGAACCUUGUUUCCAGCUCUAUCGACUCUAGCAUUCCACCGGCAACCAACAAUAAUUCAAUCUCAAGUGGUCCACCAUCUCCAUGCGCUGAUCCAAUUAGCGCCAAUCUAACCUCGUGCUUGUGUAGAAGAUUAGACAACAACGAUAACAACUCUUGCGAUCCAAACUGCCUAAUACGUACUCCAGAAACGUCGCAACCAUCGACGUCUUCCACGGGCCUGCAUCGUACUGCCCAUAACCCGAUCGCCCGUCAUAAAGCAAAAAUUCAAACUUUCAGAAAAUACAUCAGCUUCGAUGGCGGGUCAACCGCUCUGCCAAAACCUGAACAGGAAACAUUACCGCCCACGGGUACCCAAUCUGCUCCAAAUUCACCGCAACGUUUAGAACAGUCGCAGUUGCACCAUCUGCCGCACGGCUACCAUUACCAACACCAACGUCAUCUGUCAGGCCAAUCGUCUUCUCAAGUAAAUCUGCAACCAACUCCCAGCAGUAGCAACAGCAGCAGUAGUGGUACCAUUCACGCCCGUCUCCCGAACACGGAUCCAAGUGGCGUUGAAAAUCCGGCCCUGGCCGAAGCUUCCCGCAAUCUUACCCAAACGCUUCGUAAACUUUCCAAACGAGUAUUCACCAAAACGGCGAACGACAGCACGCAGGAGUCCACCGGCAAAAGUGUCAGCUCCGGGGCCGUCAUAGAAUCGAUGAAGCACCACGGGAAGGGCAUCUACUCGGGCACCUUCUCCGGCACGCUGAAUCCGGCCCUGCAGGAUAAGUUCGGUCGCCCGAAGCGGGACAUUUCCACCAUCAUUCACAUCCUGAACGACCUGCUUAGUGCAGCGCCGCAGUGCGCCCGGUCCGGUACCAAAAUCUACUUCGAGCCUUCGCAGCCAGCAACGGCCAGCACUACGGCGCCAGGGACAAGUGCAUCCACCAGUACGGCCACCACCACCACUAGCAGCAGCAGCAGCGGUGCUGCUAGUGUGGAUAAUAUUAGCGGUGGUGGUGGUAGUAGUAGUUGCAGUAGUAGCAGCGGCAGUAGUAGCAGUACCAGUAGCAGCAACGGUAGCAACAGCUUGCAAUCUGCAGCAGCGAUGGCGCCUCCCACUGCAGUUGCCACCAGUAGCACCAGCUUCACAACACCAAUCGCAGCUCCGAGUCCGCGCUUGGUGACGAGAUGUGUACCGACGCCGAUCCAGACCAAAAAGUAUCCCAGCAGUGGAAGCACCGUUACCUUCGCCGGACCGAGCUCGGUCGCUGGCUGUAAUAGCUGCAAACCCAUAAACUCUGCUACCCUGCCGAUGACCAGCAGCGCCAGCUACGGUCGUUGUCACCAUCAACAGAAAAUGACAGUUCCAAAGACACUAUGCAAAUGUGGCCUGCCGCUAACGCCCACGGCUUCGCCCAACAGCCAACAGCAGUGCCAACGCUGUGCGGCCAUCAGUGCCGCCGCGCUGGAAAACUCCAAAACCAAGUCCAAGCUAGACAACCUCCGUCUAAUAAUGCAGCAGAAAAAGGAGCGCCGAGAGGCACGCAAGCAAAAGUGUGCGCCGUACAGCACGGCACUCUCCACCGCGUCCGCCACCAAUCCGGCCGGGGGCAGUGGGUCGAGUUUGGAGCCGGCUCGCUCCGCACAUCGUCAGUUAGCUGCCGUCACGGCCAGCACCAAUACCGGUGCAGUUGCUGUCGAGACAAUGGACACCACACCACCCUCGUCUGCAGCGACGGAAUCCAGCAAACCAAGAGCGGCGGCGGCUGACAUCACAGCCUCAGCAGUCGAAGCAACAUCCAGCACAACCAGCAGCGGCAACGGCAGCAAUAAUGCGGCCACUGCCACCGCUACCGCUACCACCACUACUACAUCGGCAACUGCAGCCGCCGCCGCCGCCGCCGCCACGGCCGGUGCAACGUCUUCGGAGACGACGGCUCAAAGCAGCAGCAGCCACCAGCUCGUGGAAGAGGUCGAUACAGUCGCAUAAGAUGCGUGUUGUCAUGUGAGCAGCCAGCAGCAGCGGUGUGGUGUAUCGUUGCGUACCGGAGCAGCAGCGGGCUGACGCGAGAUUCCGCCGGGGGUGGGAAGAACCAGAAUCAGGUAACUCACAGAGAGAUGGAGAAAGAUAGAAAGAGAGAGAGAGCGAAGCAUUGCCGUUCUCGUGGGAGCAAUAAAGUGAAAGAGAAACAAACAGAGAAAAGAGAGGAAGAAGGAAAAUUAGAGAGAAUGGUUUAGGAAACUUCGAAAGAGAGUCAGAUUGCAUGCUGGCACCAUCUGUUGCUGAGCAUUUGCUGCGAAGGAAAAAUUAUUUCGUUUUACUGCAUCCCGGUUUAGCAUGAGUAGAAAUAUUAAUCAUUGGUUGUUUCUUAUUUAUGUUGUUUUUGAACAAAAAAAAAAACGGAAUUCAAUCUGAUUCCGAUUGAAAAUUGUUGCGAUUAAUCCUUGCCAUUUACCAGAAAUGAGCAACCAAACCAAUUGUUCGAGCAUGCCAAUUGGACAGACCUUGCACUUUUUUUAAUUUUUUGAGUAAGAAUUUUUCUUUUUUUUUGAAAUGUAUAACAAUCCGCAACCAAAAUUAAUGCAUUUUUCGUAUAACUUUAGGCACGUAACCGUUACCGAUCGAACACCGAACGCAUUACAGUUGUCCAGUAUUGAGUUUUCAGGACGGUUUGGAUCAUUUAUAACUAUUGAUACAAACUCUGCGGUACAAAAGUCAUAAUUUGGAUAUGUACCAAUCCAUGGCCAGUUUGGUAUGAUGGCCAGAAGCAAAACCUCGCCAAAAUAUGAAAGGCCAUUAAUGUUGACGAACAGCGAAUAGGAAGGACUUUAUUACCGUAUUCAUGGAAAGAUCGCAACCUUAACCUUAGUUAUGGCCGAUGAAAAGAUCAGCUUUUUCUCCAUUUUGACUACGAAACUAUUGGAGAUCUUCCGUUUGAGGUUCGCCCGAAAUUUUCUACUGGUCACAGUUGGCAGACGUUGCAAGGAUUGGCGGUCUUCAGCCAGUCUAUGUCCUCCAGUGAUCUCUUGGCAUAAUGGGCCUUGGUCAUGUCCGGCUAAAAGACUAUAUCUGCCGUCGCGUGAUACCUCUUGAUGAACGCAGCAACUUCCGGAAGGCACAUUGUACUGUAUAUAUUCACGUUCACUGCAAGCCCUGCAGGAAAGACAACGUUGGACAUUCACUUCUCGACAAUCAUCAGCCAUAGAAAGACAUUCUUCGGGAACUUGGUGUGGGAAAUAUAUUUGAUGCCAUCGUUUACCUGCUUGACGGGGAAUGUAAAGUACCCGGUACCCCACCAGUCGUUGCUGUUCAGCAUCAGAUAGGUCUGGCCAUCCAUUGUGAUCACGACAUCGCACUUUGCUGCUUCAGCCGCUCCCUCUGAGGCAAUUAUACUGCUUAAACAUGGCCGGACUCGACUGAGGCCACCCCAUCGUCUUCAUUCUUUUACUAUUUUUUGAUCUUCAAAAGCGGCUUUCGAGUAUUUUCGAGCUUUUAGAAAUGUCGUUCGUUUAUUUUCAGUUUACAGAAGUACUUUUCGGCUAUGUUUUUGGCUUGCAAAACCAGUUUUUACCACUUUCCGACCUUGAGAAGCAUUUUCAGUCAUUUUCGUUCAUCUGAUUUACAUUUUCAGGCUGUCAGAAAGGUUUCCCGAACGUUUCCUGACCUUCAGAAGCAUUUUUGGCAAUCAUGCUGCUUAAACAUGGCCGGACUCGACUAAGGCUACCCCAUCGUCUUCUUCUUCGACUUCUGCUGUCCUCUACGGCUUAGCAGCACUCUCGGGCGGCUGAAACCAUGCUUUCUUUCGGCGCUCUCACCUUUUAUCAGAACGGAGAGGAUGUUAUAAAUACCGGAUCGCUUAUAUCUCACAGACACGCGGCACUUCACGGUACCCAACUUCUUUGCUGCAGGGUGGAGCUUCCUGGCACUGGAUUUAGCCAUCGUAUUCUGUUUAUCGGUACGGUUCGGCGCCUUCCUUACAUUGAAGACACGUCGGUCCGGCCCGCUUCAUUAUCCGCUGGAUGAAGCAAGUGGAAAAAUUGACCUUUUUAGCCACGUCCCGAACUGAACCGUAUGUUUGAAGUAAUCACUGAUCUUCCUUGCCUUGCCACUUGGCAGCACUUGGGCGUCUGGGCCUUCUUGCACGAUUUUAUCACACGGGACACGGUCGAAUGGUCGAAUUUCAACUGUUUCGCGAUCCACCCGUGGGACUGGCCUGGAUUUUCUACGACCGCAUCUAUAAUUUUUUGUUGAAGCAUUUCUUGCUUGGAAGUCAUCACGACAGUUUGACAGUUUGUGACGAAAUUUUACACAUGUAAACAUUACACUUCAAACUAGUUUUACUAGUUUUUACUAGUUGUUACCAAUGCAUUGAAAAGUUAUACACAAAACAACUCACUUUUCAUUUAUGCACUGUUGCUGUAUUAAGUUGGUGGAUGGGUUCGUCUAUGGUGGGUCUUCGUCUACUUUCCCGAUACAGAGACGAAAAAAUAGCAUUAAAACCAAUUUAGAUGUGACUUUCAUUCAAACUAUUACUUGGUAUUGUCUCUUCGUCAUCGCGAAAAAAAAUUUAAAAAUAGCAGUAUUUUUCCAAAAAAUAAAUGUUCUUUUGGUGUUCCUACUUUCUGUUUAAUAUGACGUAGAGAAUCUGCUGAUCACUUGGGAUAAUUACUUGAAAUGUUCAGUUCAGACGAAAGAAAAUCUGAAAUUUAGAAACGUUUUUUGAUCAUUUUCUGGUCUUACGAGCGUUUUCGGCCAUUUUAUACCCUCCAGUAGCUCCAGUACCCUCCACUAGCUAUUUUCGGUUAUUUUCUGGCUUUUAGAAACAUUUUUCGGUCCUAAAAAGCACAAUGCUUUUAAUAGUAAAAGAAUGGAAUCAUUCUUUUACUAUUUUUGAGCCUUCAAAAGCGUCUUUCGACUAUUCUCGAGCUUUCAGAAAUGUCGUUCGUUUAUUUUCAGUCUUCAGAAGUGCUUUUCGGCAGAAAAAGCCAAAAAUUACGGAAAUGCUUUUCGGACAUUUUUCUGAUUUUCGUAAAUAAUAGAUAUAAUAGAUUUUCGUAAACAUCUUUGGCCUUUAAAAGCGCGUUUUACCCAUUUUCUGGCUUUCAGUAGCGUUUGUGGACAAUUUUUGUUGGCUUUUAGAAAUGCUGUUCAGCCAUUUGAAGCGGCCUUUUUCACACUUUCAGAAACCUUUUUUGGGCUUUGAAAUCGUUUUUAACCUUUUGCUGGUUUUCAGAAUGACGUCUUUCGGCUCCUUUCGGACCCUCAGUAGUGCCUUACAGCCAUUUUCUAACCCUCCAAAGCGUUCUUCAGCAUGUCUCUAACCUUUAAAGCGUGUUUCGAUCAUUUUCUGACCUUCAGGAGCGUUUUUCGGCAAUUUUCUAGCCUAUAGAAAUAUUUUUCGGCCCUAUUCUGGAAGCAUUUUUUGGCCUUUGAAAGCGUUUUUAACAGCCCGGUGUCACCAAUGCAUUCUCACAUAUGAUUUGACAGUACCCCCAUACUGAUGGGCCCCUCGAUGUUGGGCCCCAAACAACAAUGGCCGCUCCAUAGAAUUUCUAUGAAGUGAUUUCCCGUCCAGUGCUUUUGACGUUUAGAUUUUAGUCAGAGAAAAAUGGCGAUGUGCCGGGGGAUCGGUUUUUAACCAUUUUCUAAUUUUCAGAAGUAUUCUUAGACCGUAUUUCAGACUGUAGAAGUGGAUUUUGGCAAUUUUCUGGUAUUCAGAAGCCAUUUCGUUUAUUUUAUAGCCUACAGAAGCGCUUUUCCACGAUUUCCUGGUUUUCCGAAUGACGUCUUUAAGCCACUUUAGGAUCCUUGGAAGCACACUUUAGCAAUUUUUCAACCCUCAAAAGCGUUCUUCGGCAUUUCUCCAAUCUUUUCUAGCUCUUAGAAGCGUGUUACGAUCAUUUUCUAACCUUCAGAAGCAUUUUUGACCAUUGUCCCCUCUUUAGAAACGUUGCUCGGUUAUUAUGAAAGCCCUCAGAAGCGCUUUCCGACCAUUUUCUGGCUCUCGAAAAUGAAUUUUUGCCAUUCUCUAGCUUUUAAAAGUGGUUUUCGGGCAUUUUCGGGUUUUCAGAAGUAUUUCCCGGUCAUCUUCUAACCUUUAUAAGUGCCAUUUUCCGCCAUUUUCUAGCAUGUAGACGCAUGUUUUGGGCCAUUUUAUGAUGAACUUUAAGUCGUUCGGUUUUUCUCAGCCUUCAAAAGCGCUUUUUCGGUCAUUUUGUUAUAGCCUCUAGUAACUACUUUUGGCCAUUUUGUAGCUUUCAGAAGCAUUUUUGACCUUGAGAAGCAUUUUCGGUCAUUUUGCAACCUCCAAGAAUGAUUUUCGGAAUUUGUCUGGUUUUCAGAGGCGUUGUUUUAGCUUUUAGCGUUUUUCAGCCAUUACACUCAACCCCCGCUAAUAUGAAAAACAGCUCGUUCAGAUUGGGCGAGUUCAUUUUUAAUCUGAAUAUUUGGUAACUUUAUUCAUUUUCACACACGCGCAAGACGCGCACCCUAUGAACUUGUUGUUUUGAUUUGACGAAAACAAACGUUUUGAAAACAUUUCAAACAUGCGCGAAUUCUAAAGGUUCGAUUUGCAUAAGACGAAAUUGGCUCGGCAGUUUCGACUAAAAUGGUCUAUUUUGAAUGCUGGAGAGAGGUAAGUUGCAUAUGAGCUAUAUUACCUAAGCUCCUGAGCAAGAGGAAAUGCAUUAAGAUUUUUUGCUUUUUUUUAAUUUACCGGUCAACUUUAACGUCAAUUGUGUGUGACGCUUGAUCGGUUUUUAAUGUGAACACAUUCAUACUAGAGAUGGUCGGGUUUCAUAUUUUCCAUGCCCGAACCCGACCCGAGCCCGAAAUUUUUUUUGCUGUCAAACCCGGACCCGACCCGAACCCGAAUUUUUAUUUUCUGUCAAACCCGAGCCCGACCCGAACCCGAAAUUUUAUUUUCAGUCAAACCCGAACCCGACCCGAACCCGGAUUUAUUUUUUUCGCUAAGCCCGAACCCGACUUGAACCCGAAUUUUUUUUUCGGCUAAACCAAAACCCGAAUUUUUAUAUUAUGUUAAAUUUGAUCCCGCCCUGAACUUGAAAUUUAUAUUAAUUUUUAUAAAACUCACACCUCGAUUUAAAUCUCGGAAGUUUUCUUUUCGUAUUCUAUAUAACGUUCGAGCUCUAAUAUUCAUUUGAAAUUAUAGGUUUUUAUCACCCUUCUAUUUCUUUUGGAACUGAAUUGAAAAUUCUAAAAAAUUAAAGUAUACACUAGAAUCGUUUCUUUUACUUUUUGCGGGAAUAUCUCUUAAGUUUUCUAUGAAACC